GAGGGGAAAAACAAAAUGGUGUGCGCUUGUUUUUGACACAAUGUUGUGCCGCUGCUGCUGGUGAAGAAAAACAGCAAAUUUCGCGGUCAAAGUGCACUCCGUUCCCGGCGGAACCGGUUCCCAUCGCGAGUAAAAGUCGCGCCGCGCCGGCGGAACUGUGAAUGCGAGCCCGGAAGUGGCCAAUUUCGACGCGAAAAGUCGGCAGGUAAUUUUCGGUAUAAUUUUGAAAUAAACACAUCGUGAAACCAGAGACAACAGGACAUCGUACUACACCAUCGUGGGAAAUCAAUUUAACGAGUAAAAUAAGCUUCAAUAAGUAUAAAACCAGAGAGAACACAAAAAACUUAACCAUCUUUUGAGCCACCUGCCAUGGACGAGUUUAGCGAUAAUCCGCCGGUGGACGAGGGCGGAAGUAAUCCGACCGAAGAAAGUAGUGCCACCCCGGCGGAAGCACCCGUCGAGGAGGAACCAGCGUCGGCUCCCACCGACACGGACGUCCCCACGCCGGUCGAGGCCGAACCCGUUGACGAGGAAGAACCCGUCCCGGAAGAGUCCCAGGAAGAAACGGAAGCUCCCGCAGCAGCUCCGGAAGGCGAAGACGCCGUAGACGCUCCCGUCCCGGAAGAAUCCCAGGAAUCGUCCUCGGUGGCCGGCACGGACGAGGUAGAGGGUCAAGCCCCGGCGUCGGUUCCGACGGGUGGCGAAGAGGAAUCGCAGGAAGGAGGUGCCGCCGAAGAACAGACCACUCCGGUGGAGGAGGAGGAGCAAGUGGCGGCGGCGCCUACGACGCCCACCGAACAGAUGGAGGUGGACCAGGAUUCGCCGGGUGGUGUUGAUGAGGGUGGUGGCGGCGACGACGCCGACGAAAACAACGGCAAGGACGACGGAGACAGCUUCGCGCCGACGUUGCCGGUCGUUGAGGAAAAGGGCGAAAGUCAGGUCCCAGCCGAUGGGGAGGAAGAGCAGGAAGGCGGCGAGAAGGAAUCAACGGAGAAGGUCCACGAAAGUGACCUGCUGGACGAUAUCGAGAUGACCAACGUGGAUGAUAGCGUAGCGCAGCGAGAACUUGACGGAGAAGACGGCGACGGUGAGGGAGAGCCAAUGGACGAGACGGACAAGUCGACGGAACACGAGCGAUCGACGACGUUGGAUCCGUUCGACCAGAUAAAGCAUGCUGCGGAACCGGCCAAGGAUGGGGAGGGUUCGUCGAGGACGACGCCGGCACCGCCGGCAGAUCACGAUGAAACAAUUGGAGAGGUUGACGAUGGCGAUGCGGACACGACGGUGGCCACGGCCGAUGACUCGGAACAGCAGGUUAACGACUCGACAAUGGAUGUGACCGGUGCCGAAGCGGGAGAGCACCACGUGGACGAGAGCGUUGCGGAUGACGCCGUCGACGAGCUGUCCGAGGGCGAGGGCGUCGACGAGAACGUCUGCCUGCUGCCGGACGACGAGCGAGAACCGUCCGAGGCGGACAAGGAGCGCGCCCGGACGGCAGCCCGCGAAGAGUCGGAAAAGAGCCAGGACGGUUCGGAGGUGGCGGCGACGCAGGAAGCUUCCACCGAGCAGCAGCAGGCGGCGACUGAGCCGGCGGAAAAGGAAAAGGACAAGGAUGCCGUUGAUGUUGGUGGGGAGGAGGGCGGUGACAAGGUUGUUGAGGGGGAGAAGGAGGUUGACGAAACGGUAGGGGAGAAGGAAGUGACGGAGGAGGAGCAUGAGGAGGCGGAUGUGCGGAUGGAGGCGGCCGCGGAUGAGCCGAUCGAGGUGGAUGCUGAGUUGGAGCAGGAGGCGGAUGCGCCACCGCAGGUUAAUGAGAUUCGCGAGGUGCCGGAGCCGAUGCAGCAGACUUGCUUGAAGUGUGCGGGUGAGAAGCUGUGCGAGUACAGUUUGAUUCAGGAGGACGGCGAGGAGGCCAAGUUUAUCUGUACGUUUGAUUGCGUGCAGUCGGUGCGCACGGAACAUCCGGGCAAGUUUGUGCUGAUCCAGAAGCGGGUGGCGAUCGUGCAGAUCUUUGACUGCGAGCAGGACUGCAGCCGGUGUGAGAAGAGGAAGACGUGCAAGUAUCGGUAUCAGAGGACGAAGGAGUAUCGGUAUUUGUGCGACAUGAAGUGCGUGGAGCAUUUGACGACGAUCAACCCGGAGAAGUACGUGCUGAAGAGGAAGCGUUACUUGAUUGAUGAGAAGGGGGAGCCGGAGGAGAAGAAGUGCAUUCAGUGUAAUGACAACAAGAGUUGCAAGUACUUUUUCCUGCAGGACGAGGACGAGCUGUUUGUGUGCCACGAGGACUGUUUGAACCUGCUGAUGACGGAGAAUCAGGAUCUGUUUAGGUUGAAGCGUCGGUCGGUGCGGGUGCGGGAUUUGCCGAAGCGUGUGCCGAAUGAGCCGGAACCGCCGCAGGAGGUGAGCAAGUUUGUGGCGCGCACCGAGGAGGAGGCGGAGACGGCCCGGCUUGACCGCGAGGCCAGUUUUAUGCGCCGUUGCUCGCAGUGUUACCAGCUGAUCCAGAUGAACGACAAGACGCUGCAGUGGGAAACGCUCGACUUUUGCAACGAGAAAUGUUUGGGGGUGUAUCAGAACUCGGUCGGUUCGAAUUGUGCCAUGUGCGCGAGCUCGGUCUCGGUGACCAGUUUGGGCAAGUAUUGCGUCCGGUUUGGGUUUGAUGUGAGGCAGUUUUGCCGAUCGAGCUGUCUCGAUCAGUACAAGAAGAACUUGAAGGUGUGCUCGUACUGCCAGCGGGACAUUACCGUUGGUGAGCUUGGGUUUUUGGCGCCGGUCGGAGAUAAGGGCCUGUUCAAGGACUUUUGCACCCAGACCUGUUUGAAAAAGUACGAAGAAGUGCUGGAUCCGAGCAAGCGCCAGGUUCCGCACAUUUGCGCCGUUUGUAACCACGAGAAGGUCACCAAGAUCAACGUGACGCUGGACAACAGGGAACACUUUUUCUGCAGCACGCCGUGCUUCUCGGCGUUCAAGUUCGUCAACAACGUCUGCCCGGAAGAGUGCACCAUGUGCAAGAUGUUCUUCGAGCGCAAAUCCGCCGACUGUUUCACCAUCUACACGUCGGAUCGUGGCCCCGAGGGAGCGCCCUUCUGCUCGAAGAUCUGCAUGAAUCUCUUCAUCAUCACGAACCGUAAGAUCGUCUCCUGUAACUGGUGCAAGGUGAAAAAGUACAACUUUGACAUGAUCCAGAAGGUGGUCGGCAACAUGGCCAUGUGCUCGCUGAACUGCCUCACGCUGUGCGAGGUCUCCGUAAACGCACUCUCGAUGAAGCAGAUCCACUGCGAUCACUGCAAACAGCUCAAAACGCCGCAGUACCAUCUGACGAUGAGCGACGCCAGCGUGCGGAACUUUUGUACCUACCAGUGCGUUAUGUCUUUCCAGAGUCAGUUCAACAAGACGCCGCUCACGAUCGACUCGGAAGAAUCGCGCAACGCCCCGGUUCCCACCGGCCUCCCUAAACGUGUCAAGAAAACGGGAGCCCUCCCAGCGGUCGCAAUGGCCGCCGUCAACAACAGUUCCACAGCCAGCAGCACCGCCCUCAACAAGAAGGGUCGUCCGGCGCGGACGGCCGCCGCGGUCGCCAACGCCGUCAUGCAGUCCGGCGACUUCCCGGUCAUCUCGUCGGUACAAUCGCUGGCGGGCCAGCUCGGCAACCGGUCCACCCGGUCCAAGGGACCGGUCGCCAUUGCCCCGGCACCGGCCGCCCCCUCCUCGGCCAAGUCGACGACGCGCCAAUCGUCGUCCGCCGGCGUCGGCAUGGAUCUACCCGAGCUGCGCAUCUCGCUGGAACCGCUCAGCGUUCAGCUGGGCGUCCCCGCGCCGGUUCACUACGAGGCACCGGAACCGCCGCCACCGCGGGUCGAGCACAAGACGCAGAUCGUCACGAUUCCUCCGACACCAGUUGCUGUGGCAAACGCGGGAACAAUGUGCAAACCAAUCCAACAAUCAAAAGCGGUCAGUUGUCGACCUGUUCAGUGCAACGUCGAGUGCCAGACUGAAGAUUGGCUCCAAAGGAAGAUUGUGAUUCCCAUUCCGGUUCCAAUUUACGUUCCAACUCCGAUGUACAUGUAUUCCCUGCCAACACCGGUUCCAGUGCCAUUCCCGCUCCCCAUCCCCGUGCCCAUCUUCGUGCCGACGACGCGCAACUCCGCCAACGGCAUCAUGAAGGAGAUCAAAAAGAUCCAGGACAAGAUGCCCACCGACCCGUACGAGGCGGAACUCCUCAUGAUGGCCGAGAUGGUCGCCGGCGAGAAAAAGAAGGACGAAAGCGACUCCGACUCGGACGACAACGGCGGCAACGACGACCAAUUCACCUCUGCCGCCGCCGACGGCAUCGAGAACAACACCUCGUUCAACGAAGAUCUCGUCCAGAUGGCACUCAAGAUGGCCUCCAACGACUUCGAAGACCCACCGGUCGACCUCGAGUCCGCCAUGCAGGCCAACACGAUCGCCCAGCAGCAGGCGGCGGCCGCCGCCCACCACGGCUACGGCCACGACGACGGUUCCCAGCAGCAGCUGCACCACCACCAGCUCAUGAUGCUCGAACAGCAACGGCAAGCGGCCGCCCUCGCAGCGACGGCCGGUGCCCAGCGGGGAGGCCGCAAACGCGCCCAAGCCUCACCCCGAGCCAACAACAACAACCGCCAACAGCAAAUCUCCCCCAACAAGCGCAUCAAGCGGGAACAGAUCAGCGAACCCUCGCCGGAACCCCCGCGGGAACCCGCCGAAAAGCCCGACGCCAACAUGUGUCUCAAGUACACGUUCGGCGUCAACGCCUGGAAGCAGUGGGUCCUCACCAAGAACGCCGACCUCGAGAAGAGCACCAUCCGGCGGAAGCCGUUCAAGUCCGAGAUCCUCCAGCUGACCGCCGACGAGCUCAACUACUCGCUCUGUCUGUUCGUGAAGGAGGUCCGAAAGCCGAACGGCACCGAGUACGCGCCGGACACGAUCUACUACCUCGUGUUGGGCAUCCAGCAGUAUCUGUUCGAGAACGGCCGCAUCGACAACAUCUUCACCGAUCCCUACUACGAGCGCUUCACGGACUGCCUGGACGAGGUCGCCAAAAAGUUCUCCGUGCUCUACAAUGAUUCUCAAUACAUCGUAACCCGCGUCGAGGAGGAGCACCUGUGGGAGUGCAAACAGCUUGGAGCGCACUCGCCCCACGUCCUGCUCAGCACGCUCAUGUUCUUCAACACGAAGCACUUUAAUUUGACGACCGUCGAGGAGCACAUGGAGCUGAGCUUCUCGCACAUCAUGAAGCACUGGAAGCGGAACCCGAACCAGGGCGGCGCCAAAAUGCCCGGCUCGCGGAACGUCCUGCUGCGGUUCUACCCGCCGCAGUCGUCACUCGCCGCCAACUCCCGCAAAAAGAAGGUCUACGAGCAGCAGGAGAACGAGGAGAACCCGCUGCGGUGUCCGGUCAAGCUGUACGAGUUCUACCUGUCGAAAUGCCCCGAAAGCGUGAAAACGCGCAACGACGUGUUCUACCUGCAGCCGGAGCGGUCCUGCGUGCCCGACUCCCCCGUCUGGUACUCGACGCAGGCCCUCAGCAAGGACGCCCUCAGCAAGAUGCUGCACCGCGUUAAGAUGGUGAAGGAAAUCAACAUCGCGCUGCUCACCAGCUAA